AUGGCUGAGCGAAUAAUCGGCGUGUCACCUCCGUCUUCUUUCUCCUUUGAAGGUAAUCUUUUUUAGUCGUGGAAACAAUGGCAAAUUGUUUUAGAUUUUUAUGGAGUCAGAUUCCAAGUCUGAAAAGGUAAACUUCAAUUAUACUUUUAACUUGUAUAGGCGAAAAAGGGCGUAGAAUUUACGACACAUAUGAGUUUGAAAAUACAGCCGAUAAAGUCAAGCUAAAACCGGUUCUUAAGAAGUUUGAAGAAUACUGUAAUUCUCGUCGCAAUACUACCUUUGAGAGACAUACGUUUUUUACCUACCGCCAGCAAGAGGGGCUGCAGACGUUUACGAGCUUUGUUACAGAACUAAAGAAACGUAGUACAGCGUGGGGAUUCGAUGCUCUGACACACUCCCUCAUUAAAGAUAUGAUCAUUUGUGGUGCCUCAGAUAAUAGCUUUCGUGAAAGAAUGCUUCGCGGGCCUAACAUCUGGCUACAAAAAGCAAAAUUAGAUCUUGGUCAAUUACAUGCCCAGCAACUCACUGCGGAUAAGGAAGAGAAUUAAAGAAAGCUUACAAAGUUCGCCUGCAAGAGCGAGAGAAACGAGGAGAACGAGAGAAACAGAGAGAAGUUUGAAUGUCGUUCUCAAGAAGGAAACAACCGCCAAUUAAUUACAAACUGCAAAUUUUAUGCAGAUCGACACCAACGCGGAAAAUGCUCAGAAUAUGAUCAAAAGUGCAACAAAUACCAACACAAAAAUUACUGCCAGGUGCUGUAAUAAAAAAGGUGGAUCAAGUAGAUGACCCCGAAGAUAGUGCUUCGUUUAAAUCUUCCUCUGAAAGUGAUUUUCUUCUAGAGAGCGUUGUUGUGAGAGAACCCAAUGUAAUAUCAAGAAACCUUGAAAAUUGACACUGACUGUCAAGAGUGACGACAUCUUUGUAGGAUACUGGUCUGACAUAUUGAAUACCAGUGGUCCAGAUAUAUCCUUUGAAAUUGACACUAGAGGCCAAGUGAACGUCUUACCAAGGAAUCUCUACAAAAAGUUCAAUUCUCGCCCACAAAUCAAAGCGACAUCAACCAAGCUGUCGGCGUUCAACGGCUUCUCUAUCCCCGUUCACGGAAAGUGCAUUGUCCCUAUUCAGUGCAAAGGACAAAAGCAUCAUAUCCUGCUUAUCGUAGUAGAAUCAGAGACCACACCUAUCUUUGGUUUGGCUACCUCGGAGCUACUCAACCUAGUCAAGCGAGUGUACCGAAGGUAACUGACUCCAAUGGCGAGGAGUCAAUAUUGAUUGCUUUGGAGAGAUUGCUACACAAACGUCCACAUAACAACCUAACAUUGAAAGAUGAUGUUCAUCCAGUGGUAGUACCACUCGAAGGGCACCGUUUGCUCUCAAAUAUCGACUGA